CCGAGCGAGGGAGGCGGCGCGCGCGGGGGGAGGCCGUUGCUUUCUAGUCAGUUUUUUAAAAAAAAAUUGUUUUUCAUCAUCAGCCGGAGAGGGGAAGUUUACUUAAAAAAUCCACAAUUGCCAUCGGUGCUACUGUGAGCGUGCAGGACGCGCUGUGGGGGUGUGUAUGUGAGCGGCAGAGGAAUGGGUGUCCUCAAGCUGACGGAGCAGCCUCCUUUGGUCCAGGCAAUAUUUAACGGGGAUCCUGAUGAAGUGCGGAUGUUGAUUUAUAAAACCGAAGAUGUCAAUGCUUUGGACUCUGAGAAGCGGACACCACUACACGCGGCCGCCUUUCUCGGUGAUGCUGAAAUCAUUGAGCUCCUCAUCUUAUCAGGAGCCCGUGUUAAUGCUAAAGAUAACAUGUGGUUAACUCCACUUCAUCGUGCCAUUGCUUCACGGAGUGAUGAAGCAGUCCACGUUUUGAUCAAGCACUCUGCAGAUGUUAAUGCCCGUGACAAAAAUUGGCAGACACCAUUGCAUGUAGCUGCUGCAAACAAGGCAAUGAAGUGUGCAGAAGCAAUCAUUCCAUUGCUUAGCAGCGUCAAUGUUUCUGAUAGAGGAGGCAGGACAGCCUUACAUCAUGCUGCACUCAAUGGACAUAUAGAGAUGGUAAAUCUCCUAUUAGCAAAAGGGGCCAAUAUUAAUGCUUUUGAUAAGAAGGACAGAAGGGCCUUGCACUGGGCAGCUUACAUGGGUCAUGUUGAAGUAGUUUCUUUGUUGUUGAAUCAUGGAGCCGAAGUUAUUUGCAAGGAUAAGAAAGGUUAUACACCACUACAUGCAGCUGCAUCUAAUGGACAGAUUAAUGUGGUUAAACUACUGAUUAAUCUUGCUGUAGAGAUUGAUGAGCCAAAUGUAUAUGGAAAUACAGCACUCCACAUUGCGUGCUACAAUGGACAAGAUGCUGUAGUCAACGAACUUAUUGACUAUGGUGCUAAUGUGAAUCAACCCAACAACAAGGGAUUUACUCCUUUGCACUUUGCUGCUGCUUCAACCCAUGGUGCUUUGUGUCUUGAACUAUUAGUAAAUAAUGGAGCAGAUGUCAACUUCCAGAGUAAAGAUGGCAAGAAUCCAUUGCACAUGACUGCUGUCCAUGGUAGAUUCACAAGGUCACAAACGCUCAUUCAAAAUGGUGGUGAGAUAGAUUGUAUUGAUAAAGAUGGCAAUACGCCAUUGCAUGUGGCUGCCAGAUAUGGACAUGAACUCCUGAUUAAUACCUUGAUAACCAGUGGAGCUGAAACAGCAAAAUGUGGCAUCCAUGGUAUGUUUCCAUUGCAUUUGGCAGCAUUAAAUGCACAUGCAGACUGCUGCAGGAAGUUAUUGUCAUCAGGACAAAAAUAUAGCAUAGUGUCAUCAUUUAGUAAUGAACACGUGCUGUCUGCAGGCUUUGAGAUAGACACCCCUGAUAAUUUUGGAAGGACUUGUCUUCAUGCUGCUGCUGCAGGAGGCAAUGUUGACUGUAUAAAACUACUACUAAAUAGUGGAGCGGAUUUCAAUAACAAGGACAAAUGUGGGAGGACUCCAUUGCACUAUGCAGCUGCGAAUUGUAAUCACCAGUCUAUCAUGACACUGGUGUCAACGGGGGCCAAUAUUAAUGAAACAGAUGAACGAGGCUGCACUGCUUUGCAUUAUGCUGCAGCAUCUGAUAUGGACAGAAAGAAAAAAAAUAUCUUGGGGAAUUCAGAUGCAAAUGUCGAAGAACUUGAUAACACAAAUGAGUCGAAAGAGAAAGAGGCCUCGUUCUGUUUGCAAUAUUUGCUUCACAAUGAUGCCAAUCCAGCAAUACGAGACAAGCAGGGCUAUAAUGCAGUUCACUAUGCUGCUGCGUAUGGGCAUAAGCAAUGUCUGGAACUGAUUGCCAGCAAAAACUCCUUGGAGUUUCUUAUGGAGGCUACAGGGCACAGUUUUCAUGAUUCUGAAUCAGCAGCUCCAAAGAGCCCUUUACAUUUGGCUGCCUACAAUGGCCAUCACCAAGCACUUGAAGUACUUAUUCAUUCCAUUAUUGACCUUGAUGUAAAAGACAUGAACGGACGUACAGCCUUAGAUUUAUCAUCCUUUAGAGGUCACACUGAAUGUGUUGAAGCCCUCAUUAACCAAGGUGCUUCCAUCCUAGUAAAAGAUAGUGUGGCUAAGAGAACCCCACUUCAUGCAGCAGUGUCCAAUGGUCAUACAACAUGCUUGCGCAUGUUAAUAGACGGUGCAGGUGGCUUGGAUGCGGUUGAUGUGACAGAUGGCCAAGGACAGACACCAAUGAUGCUUGCAGUUGCUAAUGGACACAUCGAUGCUGUCAUUCUGUUACUUGAAAAAGGUGCAAAUAUCGAUGCAGCAGAUAAACAAGGCUGCACAGCCUUGCAUCGUGGGGUUGUUACUGGUCAUGAAGAAUGUGUGGAAACAUUAUUGGAACAUGAUGCAUUUAUUCUAUGUCGUGAUUCCAAAGGAAGGACCCCUUUGCAUUUUGCAGCAGCUUGUGGUCAUGCAACUUUAUUGUGCAAUUUAUUGCAGUCAGCACUUUCUAUAAGUUCCCUAACAAAUCUAAUAGAUAAUCGUGGCUAUACUCCUUUGCACUGGGCUUGUUAUAAUGGUCAUGAAAGUUGUUUGGAGGUCCUGCUGGAACAAAAAGAAUUUAUAAAAUUUGGGGGUGCUCCUUUUACUCCUUUGCACUGUGCUAUAAUAAAUGAUCAUGAAAAUUGUGCAGAAAUGUUAAUAGAAGCUUUAGGUGCUACAAUUAUUGAUUCCAGAGAUGGCCACGGAAGAACCCCACUUCAUGCAGCUGCUUUUACGGACCAUGUGGAGUGUUUGCAAUUGCUGUUAAGUCAUGGUGCACAAGUGAAUCCUGUUGAUAAGUCAGGGAAAACUCCGUUAAUGAUGGCAGCAGAAAAUGGACAGUGUGGAGUUGUAGAGAUCUUGGUAAACAGUGCGAAGGCUGACUUAACUUCAGAAGACACCAACAAGAAUACAGCUCUUCACUUGGCAUGUAGCAAAGGUCAUGAAAAAUGUGCCUUGUUCAUCCUUGAGAAGAUGGAUGGUGCAAGCCUUAUUAAUGCAACAAACAAUGCACUGCAAACACCUCUUCACAUAGCUGCUCGGAAUGGGCUUAAAAAAGUGGUGCAUGAUUUACUAAACAAAGGGGCAAGUGUUCUUGCUGUGGAUGAAAAUGGUCACACCCCAGCCCUGGCUUGUGCUCCUAACAAAGAUGUGGCUGACUGUCUGGCACUCAUUUUGGCAACCAUGAUGCCUUUCUGUCCUCCCAGCACAAUGACGUCCUUCAGCAUCAGUUUAAUAAAAAAUGACAGUAUGAACGCACCUCUAUCCUAUGAUUCCCCUAAUACGGGUAGCAACAUUAAUUCUUUCAACAAACAGUUGUAUAACAGUGCAGAAAAAAUGGAUAGGGGCCAGGAAGAUGAUGACGAAAAUGAUUCAGACUCUGAGACAUUCUGAUUUUAGAAAGUUUAACAUGCAUGGGAAAAGUCUUGAUUUGUUGCUCAGUUGAAGGAUUGUAGAUUGAUCAAUCAAUCACUGCAUAUUAAAAAAGCACUUACUUAAAGGCACUUUUCUUACAGGAUUUAGGAGGAAAGGAGAACCUUGGAGUUUUAAUUCAUAAAGAGGACAAUUGAGUAGGGCAAGUGAUUUGCUAUUGCACAAAUCUGCCAGAAAUUGGCAUUUUCACUGUCUCUGGGACAUUUUAUGCAAAUUUGUGGUACUUGGGCAUCAAAUCUUGCUACGUGCAGUAACUGUGGAAAUUUAUGGGAUACCAUGCUGUUCCAUGCCAAAUUGCUUGCCCUACAAAUAAGAUAUUAGAACUUUGACAAAUCAGCACAAACAUGCAUUUGCACUUCACUAAAAACUUAUGUUGUAGAGUUGCUAGUGACUAACCAUAUACCUGAGCCAUUAACUACUGAUAAACCAUGAAUGACCUGUUCCAGAUUGCAGUGUCAAGUAUUCAUGGGUUCCAAGAAAACUUGAUGGCACCCUUUUAUUUUAAAUGUACCAGCGACUUAAGGCUAGUAUUCUGUUAGCAUGUAAUAUUUCAUAUCUUUUUAUACAGCCUCAUUGGCAGCCUUUAAACAAUGCAUAGAAAUUUUGUUGAAAUCUACCCACCUGUAGGAUGAAGAGAGAGUAACUGCCACAAAGAACAGUUCUGAUAAAAUCUACUUCAUCUGCCAAAGCUUAUGUGUUAAAUGGACCCAUUCUCUCACCUGUGACAGGGACGCAGCAGGUGGAAUGACAAGUUCUUUUUGUGUCUGGCCAGCUACGCCAAAUGGACCAAAUGUGCUACAGAUUGAGACUGUUGCUGUUUUUGUUCUCUUAAAAUUAAAGCCUUUUUAAAAUCAUCAUAUAUUUUCACAGCUACAUUGAAGUGGCGUGUUUUAGUAAGCAAUGCAGUAUUUGAAAAACAAAUAAAAUACGUCUCACAUAAGUGAGAUCAGAUAUUGUUAGAUUAUAAAUCAGCAAGAUAAAGCUUCAGAAUAAUUUACAAAACCUCACAUGGGAACUAUUACAUUGCUCUCUGUGGUGGCUGAGCAAUUACUGCAACCUCGCGAUUUUGACUAAAAGCACUGAAAAACUUAAAGAAACCUUAAUUAUCUUGUUACAGUAGUACUGUAUAUCGCUGUCCAAGCAGAUAAAUUUCAGAAUAGAGACCUCUGAUAUGAAAUUGCUUUAACGCAAUAAGUACCAUAUCGUAUUAAAGCACUGAAAUUGAAGGAAAAAUGCCAAAAGUGAUAGCCGUAUAUAGAGAAGAUAAGUGUUUUGUUAACCAACUUUAUUAAAAGCUUAAGGCUACAGUAUAAUUUUGGACCUGUUUCUCCAUUUUGUUCACUGAAAUGGAAUCAGCUGGUGAUUUCUAUGUACUGUAGCUGUUUUAUAAAUACAUUUAUUGUUUGUGUUUUUAAGGUGACUUAUUUGAAUCAGUGGAAUACAAAAUUGAUACACUUUUGAGUGCAUAAAUUUGAGCAGGCAUUGAUGUACUUUUAAACUUUUUAUAGUUUUUAAUAUAAGCAUAGAUAAAAGCCUGACAAAAUAAAUACUGGAACUUUGAGAUCCAUUACAUUGUGAUUGGCAAUCUUGGUAGCAAAUGGUUUCACUUGGGUUGAGUUCAAAUACAAUUUUGGUUUAGUUGCAUUAUGAAAUAGUUAGUGCCUUUCUGCCCAUGAGUAUUUCCAGAUGGUUUCCAAGUAUCUUACAGAAUUUUGCUAAUAGUAAUAUCCAAGCAAUAAUGUUAAUUUAAAUUUUAAAUUUACAAUGAAUGUAAAAUUUUCUUUUUAAAGGUUCAAAAACAUCUGAAUGAAGAGUGGUUUGUUCAUUAAACCAUCAUGGAUUGUUUUUGCAGUGUUAUAAAAUAUUUUAAAUGAAGUCUUGCUUAAAAGACUUUGCUGAUCAUAAAUUGUUAUUAUUUGGAAAAGGGCAUUUAGAAAUUCGACAAUCUGACUGUGUAUUUUAAAACCAUAAAAACAAUUAUUUGUGGAAGCUUAUGCAGUGGUCUAUCCAUUUAAAAAGCCUAUAUCUUCCAUUUGGUAAUCUUGUCUACUUAUAUGCUUUAGCAUGUGCAAUAUGUCUUGUUACAGUAUAGUACAGUAUCAUGAUACAGUGACAGUGUUAUAUUUUGUUUUAUGCAGUGAAUGUGUAACAAUCUAGUGAAAAAUGAACAUGUAUGGUAAAAGCAGUGGUCUAUGGAAAUUUUACAUAUUUGGUCUUAUAGUUAAGGAAGGGGUAUAAACCUUAAGACUUUUUUUGAUGUACUUCAAGACUGUCAAAGUAUAAGAAGUAAAUCCAAAUCAAUCUAAAUCCAGCCUGGACCUCAAGCACACUUGCUCUUAGACUUUUGUGAACUACUGAUGCUUCAGUGAUGUAUAGAAGUACCUAAUUGUAAACUACUUUUUUUAUUAAAAGCAUUCAGAUGCUGUAUAUUUUUAUGAAAAUAAAGGGUACAGACACUGAUGCAG